AUGGGGGUGGUGGGGCGCAGCGGGGCGACGACGACGGUGGCGGCAGGCGGCGGAGUGGCAAUGGUGGCGAGUGCAGGCGGCGUCGGCGGCAUGAAUGUUGUGGCGGCGAAUAUGGGAAGUCAAACGAAUGGUUCAAAGAAAUCCAAUUCCGGCGGAGGAUUCAAUGCGAGCUUUCAUGAAAGUUUGAAACCGGUAAUUUUCGUUGGACAAUGUGCUUCAUUGCUACCAGUCAGUGGUACCCAGGGUGAGAGGGUAGAAGAUCUUCAGUGCUCUAUAAAAUCCUUCAGAAUGCUUUACUCCUGUGUCAUUUGUGUGGCACUUGGAGUGAUGUGCCUGCUUUCUCUGAGAAAGCUCAUAAAUAACCGUUUAGCUUAUGAAAAACUUAUCACUCUUAUCAACUAUUCUCUCCUCUUCUGGGCAUGUGCUCACUUCAUCCGGUUAGCCAGGAAAUGGCCCAGCACAAUGAACAAAUGGACCGAGAUUGAGAGAAUUCUGCCCAAUUGUGAGCAACAUUGUAAUAGAAUUUCCACGAAGAAAAAACUAUAUAUCCUGGUAAUCGUUGUCACGAUUCUCACAAUCAUCGAAGAAGCUCUAUCCAUAAUCGCGGGGAUUACAAAGGCAAAGAGUUGUAUUGGAAUUUGGGAUUCUGUAGAGAGAUAUUUCAAACAAUCUUUUCCACAAAUAUUUUCUUUAAUUCAAUAUCACGAAGUAACUGCAGUUUUUGCUCAAAUUGUCCAGCUCUAUGCGAAUUUUAUAUGGAAUUUCGUGGAUAUGUUUGUGAUGUCCAUCAGUAUUGGAUUGUCCUCGGUUUUGAGACAAUUUAAUACUCGGCUGAAGAUUGUGGAGGGAAAGUGUAUGCCUGUGGCUUUCUGGGCACAGCAAAAGAAGGACUACCAAUUGCUAUGCGGUCUUAUUGAGAUGAUGGACAGGACAAUGGCACAUAUAAUUGUUCAGUCAUUUUUCUCCAAUUUAUACUACAUUUGUGUCCAGCUCUUGAACAGCCUCAAGUACUUAUUUCCAAAUUUAUCGCGGAUUUUCUUCAUGCUAAAAUAA